UAUAUAUUGGAACAUAUCGAAAAGUUCCUAACCGCUUGAAAUAGUUCAAUUGUGAGUAUCGCGACAAAGCAAUUUCUUUUUUCGUGAUGGAGAAGAGCUCAUCACCAUCAUCAUCAUGUCCCAAGAAGAAAAUUGACGGCAGAGUGGCCAUAGUGACGGGCGGAGCGAGCGGCAUCGGUGAGGAGACUGUGCAUCGAUUCGUCGAACACGGCGCGUUCGUGGUGAUCGCUGACAUCCAGGAUGAGAGGGGGCAGGCUCUUGUAUCUACUCUUGGUCUUAACAACUGCGCCUAUGUCCACUGUGACGUAUCCGACGAGGACCAGGUUAGUUCCCUGGUGAACUCCACCGUUGAAAGGCAUGGGCGUGUGGAUAUCAUGUUCAGCAACGCCGGGAUAAUCAACCCCAAUCAGGACAUCCUCGGAUUUGACAUACCGAUGUAUGAUCGUCUGUUCGGGGUCAAUGUCCGCGGGACCAUAGCUUGUGUGAAGCACGCUGCCCGGGCCAUGGUGGAAGGCGGAGUCAGAGGAAGCAUAAUAUGCACGGCGAGUGUGGUGGCUUCGAUGGGGUACCCUGAGCAGAUCGAUUAUGUGAUGUCGAAGCACGCCGUGCUGGGGCUCGUGAGAUCGGCGGCCAAGGGGCUCGGACAGCACGGUAUCAGGGUAAAUUGCGCGUCUCCGGGGCCUAUGGGGACAUCUCUCCUCCGUGGGUUGUUAGGGCUGGGGGAGGGGGAAGUUGAGAGCCACUUUGAGCCCUUCUCGCAGCUCAAGGGGGUGCUCAAGGUACAUCACGUGGCCGAUGCGGUCGUGUUCUUGGCCUCGGACGAGGCGGAGUUCAUCACCGGACAUAACUUGGCCGUCGAUGGAUGUUUCCGCUCUGAUAACUGAUAAUAUGCCAUAUCUUCUCCGUCAGCACUAUUGCCAAUAAAUAUGAUUCUGCUGUGCAGUGUCUAUUGUACUUUGAUUCGGAGUGGAGAUUUAAUUCUCACCGUGAAAAUUUCGUGCCUAUUUAUUUUCAUGUCUAGUCUUUACUGCUAAGGCCAUAGCCUCUGUUGGAUCCCAAAAAGAUAAAAAUAAAAGUAAAAAACGAACUCUUCCGAUCCCCAA